AUGGCGUUUAACUCUCUCUCUCUUUCUCUUUCUUUCUGUCCCUCCCUCUCUCUUUCUGUCUCUCUGCCAGAGAGGGGUUCCAGUGGUCAGCUGGACCUGACAGAGCUCAUCGGCGUGCCCCUCCCCCCCUCUGUCUCAUUCAUCACAGGCUUUGAGGGUUUCCCUGCCUACAGCUUUGGCCCGGAUGCCAACGUGGGUCGCCUUACGCGCUCUUUCAUCCCUGACCCCUUUUACCGCGAUUUCGCCAUCAUUGUCACGGCUAAGCCCACCUCCAGGCGUGGGGGUGUGCUCUUUGCCAUCACCGAUGCCCCGCAAAAGAUCGUGCACCUGGGCGUGGCCUUGUCGCCCGUGGAGGACGGUGCCCAACGAGUGGUGCUAUACUACACUGAGCCAGGCAAGAGCCAGACGAGGGAGGCAGCCUCAUUUAAGAUGGGAGAGCUGACAGGGAGGUGGGCUAGGUUCACACUGGCUGUGCAGGGUGAGGAGGUGAAGCUGUAUAUGGACUGUGAGGAGCACCAUCGUGUGGCCUUCUACAGAGGCCAGGAGAGACUCACCUUCCAGCCCAGCUCCGGCAUCUUUGUGGGCAAUGCGGGUGGUACCAGGAUGGAGAGAUUUGUGGGCUCUAUCCAACAACUAGUGCUGAGUCCUGACCCCACGACUGUUGAUGAGCAGUGUGAAGAAGAUGAUCCUUACGCCUCUGGUUACAGCAGUGGUGAUGAUAUACUCGAUGACACAGAAACAAUGGAUGAAGUGAAGAAAAUAGUGGAAGAGAUGGAGUAUACCAUGCCAGAGGACCUGCAGACCACGCCCGUCAGAGCGCCCCCUACAGAGGCUUCAUUGGAUGACGAGGACAUGGAGGAGUCUUCUGGCCAGGACCUGGUACUACCCACAGAGAAAGCCCCAAGCAGGACAGAGGAGGCAGCACAUCGAGAGAAAACUGAACAGACAAAGAAUGUGUCCCCCUCACAGAAAGGAGACAGAGGGGAUCCAGGCCCUCCUGGGCCUCCUGGACCACCUGGGCCCCCAGGUCCAUCCAGCCCCGCAGGAGAAGGCUCAGGGACAGGUGAGCCUGGUGCCCGAGGCCCUCAGGGACCACCAGGAGCUCCUGGAACACCAGGAAAGGACGGUGAGCCCGGUGUCAGAGGUGGAGAUGGAGAUCCAGGACAAGCUGGACCUCCGGGAUUUCCGGGCCUGCCAGGAGAGCCUGGUCUGAAAGGAGAUAAGGGAGAUCCUGGAGUGGGUGUCCCUGGCCCCCCUGGACCUCCUGGGCCGCCUGGACGACCUGGGACCUCAAAGUUUUUGGAUGCUAUCGAUGGCUCCGGAUUUGAAGACUUUGAUAGUGACACAGAGGUGAUCAGAGGUCCUCCAGGACCUCCUGGUCCCCCAGGACAGCCCGGACCACCUGGCCCUGCACAGGAUCCUAUUCCAGGGCCAACCGGGCCUCCAGGGGCCCCUGGAAAGGACGGCAAGGAUGGAGAGAUGGGUAAACCUGGUCUGCCGGUGUUUGAGGACUGGUUUAGUGGUUCUGGAUUUGAGUUUGGGUCUGGAUAUGAGUUUGGCUCAGGGUUGGAUUCAGUAGAGGGUGUGGAUGGUCACAAUGGGGAGCCUGGAAAACAGGGGGAAAGAGGGGAGAAGGGUGAUCCAGGGUUGCCUGGACCUGCAGGCCCAAAGGGUGACCCAGGACAACCAGGACCUGAUGGACCACAGGGGCCCAGAGGACCAGUUGGUCCCCCAGGGCCACCAGGACCUCCGGGACCUCCAGCACUGGGCUUUAGAUUUAAUCUGGAAGUGAGUGAUACAGAGGGUUCAGGGGGAGCCAGCGGCUUUGGCGCAGCGAUGCCCACUGGACCGCCAGGGCCUCCUGGGAUUCCCGGCCCUCCAGGGCCAAAGGGCAAGGAUGGAAAAGAUGGUCUUCCUGGUGUAUCUGUGAAGGGGGAGCCUGGGGCCAAAGGAGCAGAUGGCCAACCCGGAAUACCUGGACUGCCUGGGAAAAAUGGAGAGAAAGGCGAGAAAGGGGACAUGGGACUGAAGGGAGAGAGAGGUCAGGACGGGCUAAGUCUCCCUGGCCCGCCAGGACCUCCCGGACCACCGGGACCUGUCAUCAACCUCCCAGACCUACUACUGAAUGACACAGAAGGCAUCUUCAACUUCUCAGGGACCCUCGGGCCUCAGGGGCCCAUGGGACCAAGGGGUCCUAAAGGAGACAUGGGAACUCCAGGGGUAAAGGGUCAGAAAGGAGAACCAGGGAUCACCAUUUCAGCUGAUGGUGCGCUCAUGUCAGGACUGAUUGGACCACAGGGACCAAAGGGGACCAAGGGUGACUGUGGUGUUCCUGGACCUCCUGGUCAAAUUGGUCAGAUGGGGCCGCCUGGUGCUAAAGGAGAAUUCGGUCUUCCUGGUCGCCCUGGUCGUCCUGGGUUGAUUGGCCCUAAAGGAGCUAAAGGAGAACCUUCUGGAUUGCCAGGGCCACCUGGUCCCCCCGGCCCCCCUGGGCGUCCAGGAAUAUUCAACUGUCCCAAAGGAACAGUGUUUCCCAUUCCUCCUCGGCCACACUGCAAACAGCCCAUUAAUAGUAAUUCCACACAAGGGGGAGCUAACUGUCCACUGACUGGUGCCAAAGGCGAAAAGGGCGACAGAGGUCUCCCAGGGUUACCAGGCAUCUCAACAGUCCCCAUGUGGACAAAGGGAGCGUCGGGUGACCAGGGUUUCAAAGGAGAGAAGGGAGAGAAAGGGGAGGCUGGGAUGCCAGGACCACCUGGGGUCCCUGGGAGAUCUGGGCUUGUGGGACCUAAAGGAGAUUCUGUUGUUGGACCCCCUGGACAUCCAGGUUUACGGGGGCCUCCUGGAACACCUGGUAUUGGGAGACCUGGACCUGCUGGUCCCCCUGGGCCCCCUGGCCCACCGGGACAACCUGGACACUAUGGAGCUGCUGUCACUAUCCCCGGCCCUCCAGGACCCCCAGGUCCUCCUGGAAGACCAGCUGAAAACUCUAACCAAUUAAAGACAUAUUCCAGUCUCCAAGUGAUGAAACGGCAGGCGUAUUUGGACACUGAUGGAACGUUAUCAUAUGUGACUGACACAGGGAAACUGUACAUCAGAGUACCUGGAGGCUGGAAGGAGAUUCAGCUUGGUGGACUAAUUGAGAUCCAGUCCUCCACUUUCCUCUCACAAGAUGAGGCCCAGCCCCUGGUUUUCAGCCCUCAGUUCAGCAGCACUCCCAGAAUCCAUACAAGAAACGUGCUGAGAUUGGUUGCCUUAAACACACCCUACACUGGAAACAUGGGUUCCAUUCACACUGUAAACAAAGCCUGCCGCGCACAGGCCCAGGCCAUGGGGAUUCGGGAUGAGUACCGGGCAUUCCUUUCCCACCAUCUCCAGGACCUCAUCGAUCUCGUCCACCCGGCAUACAGGACCAACAUGCCAGUCGUCAACCUCAGAGGUGAAAUCUUGUUUAAGAACUGGGAGAGUAUCUUCAUCAACCAUCUUCUUCCUCCUGGUAUCCCUCUCUUCUCCUUUGACGGACGGGACGUAAUGAGUGACCCUUUCUGGCCCCAGAAGGCCAUCUGGCAUGGUUCCUCAGAGAGGGGGAAGCGACUGGAUGAGCAGAACUGUGAGUCGUGGCGAGCCGGCGACAUGGCUAUUGUGGGGCAGGCGUCUUUCCUGUACAGCGGUCUGCUGAACCAGCAAAGUCGCAGCUGUUCCAAUCAGUUCAUCGUCCUGUGUAUCGAGACAAGCCCGGAGGACCAGUCCGCCCAGGGGCUCAAAAGAGCACAGUACCGUUACCAAUACUGGCAUUAUCGAAAUUAA